GCGGCCCUUCACUCCUCGUCAUGCACAACAAAGAUGGAGGCGCGAUGUGACAGCUAGACUUUCAUCUUUCACUGCGACGCGCUCGAAAUUGCGUUCAACUGAAGAUGGACCCGCCGCAUUUAUCUGAACAGACCGCAGAGAAGCGCGUGAGCAUCGGCGGAUCCCAGCUGGUGGAAAAUUACACGGUUUACAUUAUAGAAGUUAAAGUUGGAGACCACAGUUGGACCGUCAAACAUCGCUACAGCGACUUUCAUGAUUUGCACGAAAAACUCACUGCAGAGAAGAAGAUUGAUAAACAUCUGUUGCCACCCAAGAAGAUCAUCGGCAAAAAUUCCAAAAGCCUCGUUGAGAAGAGACAGAAGGAACUGGAAGUUUAUCUCCAAACUCUCCUGAGCAGAUUCCCAGCUGCGACUCCAAAAGUCUUGUCCAACUUCCUGCAUUUCCAUUUAUAUGAAAUCAAUGGAAUUGCUUCUGCCCUUGCGGAAGAGCUGUUUCAUAAGGGUGAGCAGUUGUUAGCUGCAGGUGAGGUGUUUCUCCUGAAACCCCUGCAACUGUACGCCGUCACCCAGCAGCUGAAACUCGCCAAGCCCACCUGUGCCAAUGGAGAUGCCAAAGCUGACCUCGGGCACAUUCUGGAUUUUACCUGCCGCCUCAAGUAUCUCAAGAUCCCUGGAUCGAUAAAUACGGUGGGAACGAGUAACAUUGAGGAGCAGAGCCUUCCCUACGACCUGUCCAUCUUUAAAGCACUGCUCCAGAUAGAGAUAAGCGAUUGUGAUGCUGGACAGAUCAAAGGUCUGCCCUCCCUCAAACCCACUCUGGCGACGCUCAGCAUACACCUCUCGGCCAAUAGUAUGAAGGAAAUCUUAGUUCCGGAAGCAUCUGAAUUUGCACAGUGGGAGCCUGAGGGUGUUGAUACAGACUGUCCCGUGACGGCGAUUAUUCCCAAAUGGAAGAUGCUCACCACACUCGAUAUGAGCCGAAACUUCAUAUGCUGCAUUGACGAGUCAGUGAAACUGAUACCUGAAGUUGAAUUCCUUGAUCUAAGCUACAAUGAGGUAUCUCUAGUGGAAAACCUUCAGCAUUUGUACAACUUGGUUCAUCUGGAUCUGUCCUUCAACAAACUCACUGUCCUCGAGAGUGUUCACACUAAACUCGGGAAUAUCAAGACUCUGAAUCUGGCUGGGAAUCAGCUGGAAACGCUCUCCGGCCUCAGUAAACUUUACUCAUUAGUUAACUUGGACUUGAGCAGCAACAAAUUAGCCCAGCUGGAUGAAAUCAAACACAUUGGCACACUUCCCUGUCUGGAAAAACUGACUCUGGCCAAUAACCCAAUGUGUAUCAUCCCAGACUACAGAACUAAAGUUCUGGCCCAGUUCUGCGACAGGGCCUCUGAGGUGUGUUUGGAUGGUAUAAUCACCACGGAGAAAGAGCUUGACACUGUGGAAGUUCUGAAAGCCAUUCAAAAAGCCAAGCAGGCCAAAGACCGAAUGGCAAACAAUGAUAAAAAGGUGAGUGAGUUCUCGGGGCAGGCCGCGGGUGGGCCGCAGGCAUCCUCUUCAUCUUCUCUCAUCGCACCGCCUUCCUCUUCCUCCCCCUCUAUGUCCCGUUCCACCUGCACCAGUCAAGAAAUAACUUGUAUAGAAAAAGCUUUUGUUACCAAAGAGAUAUUAACUCAUGUGGAUUCUACACUUACCCAGAGAUGCUAUGAUGUUUACAGCCCGACCUGUGAGAUCAUCUUGCAGGUGCAAACUCAGAUUGAUUCCUCUUUGUCUUCUGGCAUCAGUCCCUGUUGUUGUGAAGAAGAAUGGAAACCAUGGACCACAUGUCUUUGUAAUCUCUUUCUGCCUCCUUCAUUACUGUCCUACACAACCACCAACCAAGAGUUCACCAACCGGCUUUCUGCUCUCAUCAGCCAGGCUAAUAGAGAAGAAUCAACACCCAGACGAUGUAGGACCACAUCUCUGGAAAGCACUGAACAAGAUGGCACUCAAUCUGGGGAUGGGUACUUUGAAAUGAGUCUAGAUGAAAGUGAGGAAAUCAUUGGCUCUUUCUCCUCAUCCACUGUUCAGGAAAAAGGACCAGAUGAUGCAAAGAAGGAAUCUGCCAAUGCUAAUGUAAAUAUGGUGAUUUGGUCCCUUUGCAUCCAUGUUGGAGAAGGUUUGAGUCAGCGUCCAUCUUGUUUGGUGGCAACGGACAGCUCGUUUGUGGUUUUCCGUUCACGGUCAGUAGAACCAGGAAGCAGCUUGCAGGAACUAAUGGACAACAUUGAGAUAGACUUGGUUGUGUUGUACACUGACAUUGAGACCUUUCAGUUUGACGUUCCAGAGGUUUGUGUCUCCUUAAAGGUGAAGUCCAGCAAUACUCAAUGGUGGUUCUUCUCAGAUGCCCAAAGUUUGAAGGACAUCCACUCUCAUGUCAGUCCUCAAGUGGACCAAACUAACAAGCAAGUUAUGAACACCUCAAACACUCAAAUGUUCAUCCGACAGUUUCUGAACUCUUGGGACUUUGAGGAGAAUGAAGGCUGUGUGAAAGGCGGACACUUGGUCCAUUUCCUCAAUCUAGAGUCGUUAUCUACCUCCGACAAGAAUGUCGCAAACAACCCACAACUUCCAAAGAGUGCACCCUCAAAUGAUUUUUCUCAAAUCGGCCUGUUUGAAAGUGAUAAGGACCAAACCUCCAAUCCCAUGAUUCUAUUCUUGACCGCUCGACACCUCUGCGUUCUCAAGGUUGACUUUGUCGCUCUAGCAGCCCGAGACUCCUUCGAAGAAAACAUGAUGCGUAGCUGUUCCAAAGUAACACGUAUUCCGCUCUCUGUCACACUGCUCAACCCAAAGCACAGGUGCUCAUGUAGGGCCAUCUCGAACUCUUGCGGUUUCCGUGAUGACCAUGUUGUAGAGCUGAUAGCUUGUCACGAACGCUUGACCGCAGUUUUCACCCUGCCACAAGACAAGUUGACGUUCCUGAGGGAGUUCAACAAGCUCCGAUCCAAUCUAAAGGAAAUUAAGACCAUCACUAUUCAGCACACCAAGAAAGGCCACUUAAGAGUGAACAGUUGCCCUGCCUCCUCUACAACCACCCAAAGAAUGCCGAACAGUGUUGCUCAGGAAGUCCCAAAUCCCCAUUUGACCCUGUCUCUGCUGUACCCAGCCAAAUCCCUCAUUCAGCAGCUAACAGAGGACAACCAGUGUCCGUCACACCUCUCCCUGUCCUCUUCACUACUUUUCCUCUCAUCUCUGAAGGGAGAGCAGCUCGUUCACUUCUUCCAUGACAGCAUCGCAGAGGUGGAGAAUGAAGAGCUGAAACACAUUUUGUGGACAUCAGUGCUCUUCUAUAGAUCUCCUGAUGUUGAGAGCACUGCAUGUGUCCUGCUGUCAACCAAAACCCUUUAUUUCAUCCUGGACGAUUCAGCAUCCACACUCACCGACCAAUCCAUGAUGUGGACCUGGCAGCCAUCCGAGCACAAGGACACCGAUUUCCUCAUCUCCUUCUGUUUUACACUAAAGCUGAAGGACCUUCAGAGUGUUAAUGUGGGGCUGUUUGACCAGUACUUCAGAGUCAUGGGGCCCUCAGCUGAUCACAUAAUUUCCUGUGUGACCCGUGAUGGUUACGGCACACAUCGGUUUCUCCAGCAGCUGAUGAUGGUUUUGUCUCUGCUGGAGAAAGUGCCCUCACCUGAACCUUCUGAGUUGGAUUUCUACACACAGUUUGGAAACAAAAGCAAAGGUAAAAUGGAGAACUAUGAACUGGUCCACUCCAGUAAAGUGAAGUUUGUGUACCCAAGCGAAGAAGAGAUCGGAGACCUAAUGUUCAUCGUAGCUGAAAGGAAAACCCCUCAAGCCACAUCUCACUCCUCCAACAUCCUUCUUUACGUGCUGGUCUUCCAAGUCCAUGUCGUUCCGGGCCAAACCGCCCAAAACCAGAGCCUUCUACAGCCCAAAACUCUCAUACUCACCAGCACUGACGUCUUCCUACUGGACGAAGACCAUAUCAGCUACCCUCUACCUGAGUUCGCAAAAGAACCGCCACAAAGAGACAAGUACCGCCUCAUGGACGCGCGGCGCAUACGUGACCUGGACCGUGUGCUAAUGGGCUAUCAGACUUACCCCCAAGCCCUCACGCUGGUAUUUGACGACGUUCCCGGUCCCGAUCUUUUGUGCCAUCUUACCAUGGACCAUUUUGCGGACAACGACGGGAAGGGCGAUAGGACACAGGGCGUUGGAGGGGCCGAGGGCGAAGUGCAGUGGUGUAUCUUUGUACCGGGAGCGGACAGCAGAGAACGGCUUAUAUCACUUCUGGCUCGCCAGUGGGAGGCGCUGUGUAGCCGAGAACUACCGGUAGAGCUAACGGGAUGAAGUGCGAAUUACUAAAUAUGGUAAUGCGGUAAAAACGUAAAGCACGAUUUUCGGCCAUGUGCGACAAAAAAAUGUUGUACAAACUUUUUUUGUAUUAUUUCGACAAAAUGCAUCAUGGGAAAGCUGUAUUGUAGAAUCCACACUAUAUUUACCCCACGUUAUGAACAUUUGAUUUUGCAAACUUUUUUUUAUUGUUUCGACACAGUGCAUCCUGGGAAAGCUGUAUUGUAGAGUCCACAUUUUAUUCAUCCACCUGCUACAAGCAUGUGGUUUGUAUGAAUUCUUUUUUGUAUUGCAUUGUUUCGAUAAAAUGCAUCCUGGGAAAGCUAUAUUGUAGAGUCCACACGAGUGUAAUAUAUAUAUUUUUUUUUUUGUCUCAGGCUUCAAAUUUUGUUUUGCUGCUUUUCAGCCAUAUUUAUCUGCUGCUGUGUACAAUCGGCCACGUAUCAUGAAAAGUGAAAUGUCUGUUAUACAGUUUUGUGCGACAGUGUUAUUAUUUUAAUUUUAAGUAAACGUGUUAUUUUGCGACAACAAAAUGCUUUUGUAUUUUGCGAGGAGUUUUCAUGAAGGGAAAUAUGCACAGUCUUUCUUAUUUUAAUGUGAAUGCUGUUUUAAAGUUUUAGAAAGUAUUCCCAAAUUGAAUCAGUGAAUUUAUUUGUAAAGAUUUUGACGUUUGUUAUAUAAAUGGAAAACCACUGAACACGUGUUUACAGAACGCUUUUAGCUUCAUGAAAUUAUUCACAAUGGGAAUUCAGACUGAACGUGCACUUUGAAUUUUUAAGAAAAUUUAUGUGAUCAAAUCAAUUUCCUCAAAUCAAAAUUUGUAUUUAUUCUUUGUUUUAAAAUCCAAACAUUUCAUUUUAGCCAAAAAUUAAACCAAAUCCUUAAACAGUACAUAGUAAAGCCCAAACUAUGAAAAGAAAAGGAAAAGAAAAAAAUAUAUAUUUUGAAUCAGGAAAACUAAGCCUAUUUUUUUGCAGUGUUAAACCAUUUUUCCUACUUGCCAUUUCUUCACGACAGUAAGGCAAAAUGUCCUCUCAAACUUUCAUUACUCUACAAUUUAAAACUAUUAUUUAUUUAAUGUUAAAGUACAGUGGCAAGAACAAUUAUGUGAAACCCUUUGGAAUUAGCUGGUUUUCUGCAUUAAUUAGUCAUAAAAUGUGAUCUCCUCUUCAUCAAAGUUACAAGUAUAGACAAAACACAAUGUGCUUAAGAUAACAACACACAAACAUUCAUAAUAUUUAAUGUCUUUGUUGAACACAUCCUAGUCUCCGCGAUCCACGCACAACUUACCAAGCGCCCCAUUGAGAGCGAGAACCACUAAUUGCGACCACGAGGAGGUUACCCCAUGUGACUCUACCCUCCCUAGCAACCGGGCCAAUUUGAUUGCUUAGGAGACCCGGCUGGAGUCACUCAGCACGCCCUGGAUUCAAACUCAUGACUCCAGGGGUGAUAGUCAGCGUCAAUACUUGCUGAGCUACCCAGGCCCCCGUGAAUGUUUAUUGGGAUGUGUUCAAUAAAGACAUGAAAGAUUAUAAUUAUUUGUGUCUUUAGCUGAAGCACAUUGUGUUUGUCUAUACUUGUGACUAUGAUGAAGAUGAGAUCACAUUUUAUGACCAAUUAAUGGCAGAAAGCCAGCUAAUUCAAAAGGGUUCACAUACUUUUUCUUGCCACUGUAUUUAUACAUCUUGGCAGUGUUUUGCCACUGAAAUAAUCAUUUUUGAUGUUUACUCAUGACAGAGGAUCUGUAUGUUGUUUGUAUUUUGUUUUGUUUUUAUGACAUUGCUGGUUAUAAUUCUUUGAAGAAAUGGCAUUAUUGGGCGCUAAAAUGUAAAAAAAAAUUUGAGUGGGUUUUUAAUAUUAAAAUUCAGUAUAAAUAUAUAGAAUGUAUAUUUUAUUAUUAAUAUAUUAAUAAUGUACUGUAUAUUAUUAUAUAAUUAUUCAUACAAUUAAUAUUAAAAUAAAUAUAUUAAUUUAAUGUGCAAAAAAAGCAGAAAAGAUGAGGUUGAAUUUAUCAAAUCUUUUAAAUUUAUAUAUUAAAAAGUUAAAAUAAAUAAGAAAUGUUGCAAACUGUUAAAAUUUCCAAGCUUGUCACUUUGACUUAAAUGCCGACUGCAUAAUUAACAAAUUAAGUCUCAAAAAUCUCCCCAAAGUGUGUCGUGUGACUAACCGAUGACCUAGUUAACCAAACGAAAAAGGCUCUUCUUCUAUCCAAACCUCUGGUUAUUUCCUCCAAGACGUAUAGUCAGCAAUAUUCGAUCCUGCUGUGAAACCUAGUGGGCGUGAACUUUUGUAAAAAAAAAAAUAAAUAAAUAAAUAAAUAAAAACACACAACAACAUUUGUGUUUGGAUUGACCGCUGGUCAAUGCACACUGGAACAUACAAAAAAAAUGAUGCUUCGGAGAAACUGACGGUGGUAUUUUUUCAGCUCUGUAAUUUACAAGCUGCCAGUUGCAGUUACAUAAAUGAGGAAAGGGCAGGAAACAUUUGCUCUGUGCUAUUGAAUUAAAGCCACCAGCACUGGGCAUUGUCAAUUUGACCCUGUUCUUCCUGUUAUUUCUUGGUAGGCAAACUGUCUGGGUGAAGGUCAUGUUUGAUUCACUGUAUACUUCGUUUCGUUUGCAGAAAAUAUGAAAUACUGGACAUUCAGGUAUUUAAAGGGACAGUUCACUCAAAAAUGGAAAAUUAAAAUUCCAUUGUAGUGAUGUUUGUUAAUUAUUAUGUGGCACAAAUCACAGUUAUAUUUAAGAUAACAUGUAAGAAAUUAAAUAAAUGCUACAAUAAAACAAUGGGAAAAUAAUGAUGAUGAGUUUAAACCUGA